ACUUUUGUGUACAUGCACGCGGGGUUCAGAGGUCAGCAAACGCAUGCUUAAAGACACUAUUGCCUACGGGAACCAAUUUACUCGACUGGAUCCGAAGUGUUGUCAUUGCUAAGAAAUAUUAGAUGAGGAAACAUGAAGUGCUGGAUGAUUAAGUGAACGGUUACGACAUCAGGACGUUGUAUCCCAGGGGAAUGUAUUUAAACAAAAAUCACGCACAUCAUAUCGGUAUUUGAUUACAACACCUAACAGAAGUGGUGCAAGCACAUUCAUAAGUUGAAAAAACACGGAUAUCACGGGAUAUAUACGAAGAGUAACAUAGGACUGCAGAAUCAAGAUGGGCUGCAAGAGUUGCUGGGAAAGCUUCAAUCGGUUCAGGGACUCUAAUUUUAUCAUCGUCACAUUGGUUUUCUUGUCUUUGCUUACGGAUAGUAUGCUCCUCACGCUCGUAGACCCCAUCCUCCCGGACAUCCUCAGGAAAAUAGACGGUAUAACGACGAACAGUACCACUGGAUCAGCCUCCAAGGAAAUAAAUGCAGAUGGACGCUAUGGUUACCUUGUUGCAUCAAAGGGACUUGCACAGUUUAUAUGCAAUCCAUUUGUUGGAAUCAUUGUCACGAGAUUCCGAUACAGACGUCCUAUGGUGAUAGGCAAUUUUCUUCUGAUGGUCUCAACAAUAGCUUUUGCAUUCAGCAAAUCUUAUGCCAUGCUGUUUGCUACAAGGCUGAUCCAGGGUGCGUCCUCAUCCCUAUCUGCAGUAACAGGAAUGGGUCUGCUGGCGAGUAGAUUUACGGAUGACAUUAAACGUGGCAAGAUGAUGGGCAUCGCUAUUGGAGGCCUCUCUAUUGGUAUCAUAGUGGGCCCUGUCUUUGGAAGUGUUCUAUAUCAGUACUUUGGCCAAGCAGUUCCGUUUCUAGCAGUGGCCGGCAUAAUCCUUUUCACAAUAGCUAUACAACUUAUAAAUCUCAAAACGGAAGAGGAGAGAGCCGAAUCUCACGAGUUGAAGUCUAUUUGUAAACUGUUAAGCGACCCUUAUAUUCUCAUAGUUGCAGCAAAUGUGUUCCUGGUAAAUCUCAAUGUGUCAGUUAUCUUAGCGUUCCUACCCGUACAACUGAUUGAUCUAACCGACCCUCCUACCUGGCAACUCGGUGUCGUUGUGCUCCCUACCUCCAUAGGAUACCUUGUCGCCGGCAUCAUCUGCCCGCGUACAGCAAAAUGGAUAAAACGAUAUAUAACCGCCAUACUUGGGAUGAUCAUUAGUACUGGGGCCAUGUUAGGGUUGGCGUUUAGCGUGACGUUUGUCAGUAUGCUUAUAGUGACCAUAUUCCUUGGAUUGGCAUUAGGAAUGGUGAGCACAUCAAUGCAACCGGUGUUUGCCCUGAUAGUGGAUAGAAGACAUUCUUCAGUGUACGGGAACGUAUACGCCAUAUCUGACAUGGCCGUGUGUCUUGCCUUUUUCAUAGGACCAUUGGCUGGCGGUCCUUUCAUAUUUGCCUUUGGAUAUCCCAAUCUGUUAAUUUGUGUGGCGUUCAUUAACUUCUGCCUGGCACCCUUCAGUUGGUUCCUGAGGAAUCCUCCAAUCAAGCAAUCUGAUGAGGAGUCAAAACUAUUGAUCAUCCACAAGAACGAAGACGCUAUAGAGAAGUACCGCAAAGGCCACCAGAACAAGCAUUUCGUCAAGACGCACGACGGCUAUAUUUUGCCAGAAGAACAGAGUUGGAGAGUUACCAGUCCUAGUGUGUAUGAUCUUUUAAGGGAAGAGUCUCAAUCGUCUGCCAUAGGAUCAGGAAACUAUCUGACAGGAAUUGAGCGAUACAAUGCAGACUAUAGCGUUAAUCUCAUAGAAUCCAUUUAGGCAGACCACGGCUGACUUGAACAGCUACAAUACAGAAAACUAUAUAAAUGGUGUUCAACGUAUACUUAAGUACGUAAAGUAGAAGCAAGGAAGUACAGUGUGUACUUCCUUGCAUGAAAGGAUUUUUUCAAAAUUCAUUCCAUUUUUCAUUACUAUGUUAAUGAGAUAAUAUGAGUAAAAUAGGGUCAUUUUUAAAUAAGUACUCUCAACUAGUCUCUUCUCUUUGUCGUCCCUUAAAGAAAAAUUGUAACGCGACGGUUUUUAUUAUACAUGGUUGAUGUUAAGAGUAGGGUGCAUAUUAGUGUUUGUUAUUAGCAUUAGCACAAUAUCAACUUGUUAAUAUUACUACAUGUACACUUGCUUAUAAUACCUUCAUACAUGUGUAUUUUGCCGAGCUUUUAUAUUUUGAAGAGGAUUGUGUAAUUUUUGAUUGAUAUUUUUAAUAUCUAUCAUUUAUGAUAUCUAUGUUAUUGAUGGCAUACGUUAUCUUAGCUUGUAUUCGCGAAUGCAA